UUCCUUGGUAGCACCACUCAACUAGUUCAUCUUCAUCUCCUUCGUCGCUUUGUAAUUUCAAACCCAAAAUGGAAAACCUUGAAAAGUCCAACAAUGGUGGCAGUGACAGAUGCACUAGGUUGAAGAACAACCACAGUAACAAUGGCGACGAUCGACUCAGCUCACUCCCCGAUGCCAUCCUCAUUAACAUUCUCUCUCUCCUCUCAAUCGAUUCCGCCGCCGCCACGUCCGUCUUAUCCCGCCGAUGGCGCCACCUCUGGACCGAAAUCACCGACCUUGAAUUCUCUUCGGAGUCCUCCGCCUUUGUCGACUGCGUUUUUGGGCAGCUCACUUCUCCGAAACUCAGCUCUUUCACGGUUAUAAUUAAAUUAGUUGCAUACAACUGGGAAUCAAUCUUUGCUCAUCUUUGUCAUCGGAAUGUGGAAGAAAUUAAGGUUUGUGCUGAAGUUUUUUUUCCUGCACCUUUAUAUGUACCUGCUUCUCUAUUUUGUUGCCAAUCUUUGGUGAAAUUGGAGUUGUUUUGCAUUGAUCUUGAUUGUACAUUUACCGCGAAUGAUGUUGUUAAUCUUCCUAAUUUGAAGAAGCUUGGAUUGCAUCUUCAGGAUGAGGCCCGUGAUUUGAUGAAAACCCUGUUUAAAUCUUGUCCAAUGUUGGAAGAUUUAUAUUUGUUGUUUGAUUUUUAUGAGGAUGAGCAUUUUGUUGAUAUUGCUGCUCCCAAUUUGAAGACCUUGUUUAUAGAAAUAACGUCUGAAAGGGAAACAUCACUUGAUAAAGUCAUGAUAAAUGCGCCCAAAUUAGAGAACCUUACGAUACUUGGAUCGUAUUGCUUUUAUUGUUUCGUUGAGAAUCCUACUAGGUUAGUCAAAGCAUCCAUUGAUCUGUGUCUUGGACCGGAUAGAAACAAUGUGGGUAUGCAGGGAAAAGAAUGUUGUAACGAGAUAUCGAAGUUUAUUAAAGGGAUGUCUAGUGUUAGCCACCUUAAGCUACAUAGUUUUGUCAAUCUAUUUACUUACUUUAUUUCUGUAGGUAAUGGGGUUAUGCCAAUGUUUCAUAACUUUGUCUAUUUGGACACAAACCUUGGUAAUCUUAUUGGCUGGAAGGAUUUGCUACUUUCUUUACAGUAUAUUCCCAACUUAAAGCAUCUUGAUGUGAGUAAAAUAUGGUUUGAAUCGGUGGAGCAAAUGGAUUGGUUUGCACCUGAGUUUGUUCCGGAAUGUUUACUAAGUAAGCUUAAGAUAAUAAAGAUUAAAGUGCUUAUAGAAAAUGACAAGGAGCUUAAGUUGCUAGAGUUUAUUCUAAAUAAUGCAAUUGUUUUGGAAGAGCUUCACAUACACUGUAAACACUACCAUACACGUAAAGAAUCUCAACUAUGGAAUGAAUACAAGUUUUGUGAAGCCUUGUUCAAGCUUUCAAAGAGCUCCUCAACUUGCAAAGUUCUGUUUGAAGGUGACUUUAUCAAUGCAUCAAGAAAUGACUUCAAAAAUGGGGUACUUGCUUGUCAAGUUCCCUAUGUUGAAUGAAAUUGUGCACUGACUUCUUCUGGUGCCAAAGACCAAUAGUGAAGCAUCUGGGCAGCAGAAAUUCUCCCAGCUGCCUGAUGUCAAGGAUCCAAGGUGGAUUUAAUUGAGUUGCCUUUUUGUAAUGCUGCUUACUGACUAGAUUUACCUGGUUUAGAAGCUUCAAACUGUCAGAGCUAAUUUGAUGUUUGGUUCAGGUUUUGUUUUGUAAGUGCAUGUUUUGAUACAUGUUAUCCUUGCUUCAUGCUUGUUGCUGCUAUACCUUAUUUUGCUAGUAAAUUUUGCUAUUGUUUC